UCUGUCCACUAAUAGUACGUAUGACUCAUCCUGGCUCUUGCCCCAACCUUGCUCGUUCCUCUGGAGUCUAGGUCAAGUUGUCAACCCGUGUAAAUAAGCUCGAGAUCUAAUGUCACCUUCCAAAAUAGAACAAAAAAGUCUCGUAAUCCGUGCAGAAUGGCAGAACCACCCUGACUUAAACCCUGAAGACGUACUCUUCUUAAUCGGAUGAGAAUAAAAUGCGGAUGCCCCAGCAUCUAGUACUAUGAAAGCGUUGCCAUCUUCCCAGUCUCUAAGAUAGUCCCCUCAUCGCUUGAAGGAGUUGAGCAGCACGUUGGUCGUGAUGCCACUCACUGUUGCUGGUAUUUCGUUUGGCCCAUUGCUCGUAGGCUUUGUUCUUAACACAAUUCUGUACGGCGCGCUGGUUACAUCAGUGCUCUUAUACUUUUCUUCCUUCAAAAGUGACGGUGGAUGGAUACGACUUCUUGUGACAACCCUUUGGUUAUUGUCCACAGUCAACGUGAUCCUGGAGUUUGUCUUUUUGUAUGACACUCUUAUCAUUCACUUUGGGGAUGAAAAUGCUCUAUCCAGAGCCAACUGGGUCUUUUCCUUAUUACCUGGCAUCACGGGCACUAUAUCCACCCUCGUCCAACUGUUCUUCGCCUGGAGAAUCCGCAUUCUGACGUCUAGUGUAUGGCUAGUCGGAAUCAUAGUCUUUCUCGCGACUGCCGCAUUCCUUUGUGGCAUUGGAACUACAAUUGCGAUCAAUAUGGUGCCCGUGUUCACCCAGUUUCAUAGAUUCGAAGUCGUAUUCGUCAUUGGGCUUGCUUCUUCUGCGGUGGACAACCUCCUGAUCACCGGGCUGCUUGUCCGUUCACUGAGGGAACACAAAACCGGUUUCAUGGACACCGACCAUAUCAUUAAAAAGAUAAUACGAGUCACUCUACAGACUGGUCUGUUGACAGCAAUAUGGACCCUCAUCGUCCUGGCCGUAUAUAUAGCGCUUACCAACGGCAUGCAUCUCGUCUUCAACCAAUCUCUCGCACAAUUUCACACAAUUUCCCUCAUGUCGACGUUGGUAGCUCGUCCACGAGAUAACCCUUACACCGACUUCACUGUUGUCAAUGGAGAGCAAUCUGAGAGAAGGGAUGAUCAUUUUCCUCUUGAAUAUCGAAAUAUUGAUCGGCGAAGGGAUUCCGAGUUGGUUUUUGACGCCGUCAGCCAAAAGAAAUUCGAAAUUGUCCAAGGCAUAGCUAAGGACACCGAGCAGUGAUAUAGAGCAUCCGCCAUGUAUGAUAUCGCACUGUAUUAUUAUGAGCACUGCAAGCAUGUGGAUAGAAGACAUUUGUUCCAUAUUCACGAUACUGCAUCGAAAAGCCCGUGGUACUCUCCUACUUAAACACUAGUCUCGAACUAGACCGGUCCGGGAAGCACCAGUGGUGUUGUUUUCAAAGAAAACACCGCUUUCCAGAACGUUGGGGUCGAGACAAAUUGCUUACUAUACAAUGUUACAUACACAGAGUACGCCUCAUGCAAGAUAAGUUGGUACUUUACCUCACAGGCUCACAGAAUGGAGGCUUUACAUCUGGA